AUGGCGUGUGACUGGCAUAGAACGAAGUCGAAGAUUGCUAGAUUUUCUAUGCUAACAAGCGAUGAUCAAUUCACCUGGAAAUCGCCGGACAACCAGGGAAACAUCCAGGAGCUCGUAAAGUCCAAGCUUUUGGUCACGUAUCAAGUUGCCAAGUUCUUGCCUGGAGGAUCUCAAAAUUCCGCCAUAUAUGGAGCACUAGAUAUUGACUCUAGCUAUGACCAGGGGCAGCAAUUUUGUAUCCUGGCAGCAUUCUUAGGGUUUCGAACAGAUGUCAAGCGGGAUGAUCGGGCCCUAGGUAUACGAAACAAUGAGCAAUAG